AUGAUCAAAGGCACCGGAACGGGCGCCAAGAAGCACGCGACGACGCUCGGCCGGUUUGAGAAAUCCUUCGUCUUCAUGGUGGACCCCAACUCAUCGUGCGGGGCGUCGCUCUACAGCUUCUCCAUCGCCUGUGCAGCUUUUAUAGGCUGCUUCACCCUGUUCCUGCAGACCCUUGAUGGUCCAAACUACUAG